GCUCGUGUUAUGUAUGAUUUUGCUGCUGAGCCUGGAAACAAUGAGCUGACGGUCAGUGAAGGGGAGAUCAUCACAAUCACCAACCCGGAUGUUGGUGGAGGCUGGUUGGAAGGAAAAAACAGCCAAGGCGAGAGAGGACUUGUUCCAACAGAUUAUGUUGAGAUUAUAACUGAAGGUGCCAAAGAUGGCAUUAGCUGCGGUAACUCAUUAGCUGACCAAGCCUUUUUUGAUUCCCUUUCUUCAAAUACAGCUCAGACCAACUCUGCUGCCAAAAGCAGUAAUCAGGCAAGCUUUGCCAAUGAUCCUUGGUCCAGCUGGAACGUUGGGAAGUCUGGGAACUGGGAUAAUGGAAAUGCUGUUGACAGCUGGGCAACGAAACCUGAAAGUGCAGCUGGACAGAGAAACAGUGCUUCAAAUAACUGGGAGGCAGCAGCAGCAUUUGGUCAUCCACAGGCAUAUCAAGGACCAGCAGCUGCUGAUGACGAUGAUUGGGAUGAUGACUGGGAUGACCCAAAAUCAGCUUCGCCGUCUUACCUUGGUUACAAGGAGACUGAGGCAUCAGAGGCUGGGGGGAUCCAGCGUGGAAAUUCUCGUGCAGCUGCUAUGAAGUUACCACUAAACAAAUUUCCUGGAUUUGCAAAACCUGGAAUGGAACAGUAUCUGUUGGCAAAGCAGCUAGCAAAACCCAAAGAAAAAAUUCCCAUAAUUAUUGGUGAUUAUGGCCCAAUGUGGGUAUAUCCUACCUCUACAUUUGACUGUGUGGUCGCAGAUCCCAAAAAAGGUUCUAAAAUGUAUGGUCUCAAGAGCUACAUUGAGUAUCAGCUGACCUGCACUAACACUAAUCGGUCUGUCAACCACAGAUACAAGCACUUUGACUGGUUGUAUGAGCGGCUCCUGGUUAAAUUUGGAUUAGCCAUUCCAAUCCCUUCUCUUCCAGACAAGCAAGUAACAGGACGCUUUGAAGAAGAAUUUAUCAAAAUGCGCAUGGAGAGGCUGCAAGCUUGGAUGACAAGAAUGUGUCGCCAUCCUGUUGUCUCAGAAAGCGAAGUUUUCCAGCAAUUUCUCAAUUUCCGAGAUGAGAAGGAGUGGAAAACUGGAAAGCGGAAGGCAGAAAAAGAUGAAACUGUAGGAGUCAUGAUCUUUUCUACAAUGGAACCAGAAGCUCCUGACCUGGACAUGGUAGAAAUAGAACAGAAAUGUGAUGCAGUGGGUAGGUUCACCAAAGCGAUGGAUGAUGGAGUUAAAGAGCUGCUGACAGUGGGACAUGAGCACUGGAAGAGGUGUACAGGACCACUACCCAAGGAAUACCAGAAGAUAGGAAAAGCAUUGCAGAGCCUGGCACUGGUCUUCAGCACUAGUGGAUACCAAGGAGAAUCUGAUCUCAAUGGAGCAAUAACAGAAGCAGGGAAAACUUAUGAAGAAAUUGCCAGUCUUGUAGCAGAUCAGCCAAAGAAAGAUCUUCACUUUUUGAUGGAAACAAAUCAUGAAUAUAAGGGAUUUCUUGGUUGCUUCCCUGACAUCAUAGCAGCUCAUAAGGGAGCAAUAGAAAGAGUGAAGGAAAGUGACAAGUUAGUUGCAACCAGUAAAAUAACGCCACAAGACAAGCAGAACAUGGUGAAACGUGUGAGCACCAUGGCUUAUGCACUACAAGCUGAGAUGAAUCACUUCCACAGUAACCGGAUCUAUGACUACAACAGCGUCAUUCGUCUCUAUCUGGAGCAGCAGGCACAGUUCUACGAAACGAUUGCACAGAAGCUGAGGCAGGCACUCAGCCGCUUUCCUAUGAUGUAGAGAAUAAGGAGUAUUCAACAAUAAAGAACAACUCCAAAGUGCUUUCCUGAUGUGAGGGCAAUGCUAAUAAAACCUUGUUAGCCUUUGCAAAAAAAAAAAAAUCCCACAAAACCCCAAACCAACAAGAAUCAGUUGUAAUUAAAAGUAUUAUUUAAAAUUUUACUUUAUCAGCCUAAAUUAUACAAUAAGGCUCUCCUGUCUUGAAAGCUCUCCCAUUUGUAUCAUUAUUUAAAUAAAAACAGCUAGGUAAUGCUGUCAUAUAUAGGGAUCUAAAUUAUCAAACUGA